AUGACACUGAAGGAAGCUGUCAACUUUGCCAACUCUCCUGAAGGAAAGUCUAAAGGCGCGCGCUUUAACCGUUUCGGAACUCCUAAAGAAGCGAUGGACUUUUUUGAUUCUGGCGAAUAUCGAAGUCCUCCUCCACAGCCUGCAACGCCAACUUUGAUGUCAGAACCAACCAUUCCUCAUCCGUCAGUUAGUCGUAUUGAUAUGAACAAGCUCAAGAGGGCCAUUGAAAAAGAAUCGGUUCAGGCAGUAUGUGAGCUCGUCGAUUCAAAUCCCCGAUUUCUUGUUAACACGAACGGUGACAUAGCAGCUAUAGUUAUGGAAGGAUUCCGAUUUAACGCUUUACAUAUAGCUGCUCGACACGGAAAAAGCGAUGUAGUGGAAAAAGUCCUCGAACUCGUAAGCAACAUCGAUUUCCUCGCAGAUCUCUAUGGCACAUCUAAAGAGGAUGCACAGUUUCGUGCAAACAAUAUCAUGGCUUCCUAUUUGAAUACUCCUGAUAAGGGCAACUGUGAAACACCGCUCCAUCUUGCUUCGAAGUUUGGACAUGUAGACGUUGUUAGAGUAUUAGUGAAUCAGCCACUCUUGGAAAAGCACCUCCUGAACAAUGAGGGUAAAACAGCGCUUGAAAUCGCAUGUGGAAGGUACUCUGGAGAGGAUAAGAAGAGGCGAAAGGACGAGAUAGAAUUGCUGCUUGGAGGCUUCUUUGUUGCCGUCUACCGCUCACCCGACAACAGCGUACCGGCCAAAAUUGUAGCUUCCGAAACGUUUCCAAAGUUAACUCUUCCGCUCGAUAUCGAAGGACCGUGUUCCCCUUUGAUGUCAGCGCUUAAACUGACAGGAUAUGCUGGACCUUUCGGCUCGAAGGAAAAGGCUGCACAGUUCCUUACUAGUUGGGCUGGUUCAGAAAAACACGUCAAGCUAUCAGAUGUGGAUAAGGGAUACGAACGCGUCGGUCGCGAGUUAAGCACGAAAUUUAAUGUAAAAUGGGCGGAGUCAUGGUGUUUCAUAGAUCAGUUUGUCGAUCUAAGGACGGAAGAAGGUCUCGAUGCUUUGAACUCCUAUCUGGGUCGAAUGAAGCAAAAGGACUCCUUACUGCCGGCGGAUGAUCUUCGAAAACGAUUGGUAUUCGAUGAUGAGGAUGAUCAACCACGAUGUCUUACUCCUAGCGAAGACGGCUUUUUAGACGACGAUGAUGAUAAAUUUGAGGAUGCUGCAGAGUCAGUAGAUGAAAUCGAUAACACAGUUCUCAACGAUUCGCUUGCUAGUCUGUCGGCACGAUUGAGUUUAUUAACACUACACUCACCAGGUGACGUAGUGGUAGAAGAUAGUCUAAGGUAA